CUGAUUAAAACAACUACAACCCCCAUCAUCCAAACAGUCGAUAUUAGGUCGACGUGUAUGUUCGUUCGGCCGGCGCAGAUACUGAAUGAACAUCUCUUAUAUCUCAAAUAUCCAUAAAAUAUUGGGUUGGUAACAUGGCCGGGGAAAUGUCCAUAAUAGGUUCUGUCAUCCUGGCUUUGUUCCUGGCAGGAUAUCUGGGACAGCAGUACCUGCCCCCUCCGAAGCCCAGGGUCAUUGGGUUGGAUCUUGGGACCACUUUCUGCUCCGUGGGAGUGUUUCAGCCUGGCACAGGCGAGAUUGAGGUUAUUGAAGAUGACAAAGGUCGCAAAAGCAUUCCGAGUGUGGUGUCGUUCACCUCCACCGGUGUGUUUUCUGGACAUGAGGGCCAGGAAUUGUCUGACAUAAAUCCUCAAAACACAAUUUAUGAUGCCAAGAGAUUUAUAGGGAAGAUUUUCGAUGAAGACACUUUAGAGAAAGCGAGCGCUCGAUACCCGUUUAAGGUGAUCUUCAACAACGGGAGUGCAGAAUUUUUAGUCUCUACAAAUAGCACCUUCACAGUUACUCCCGAAUUCAUCGGAUCUCGUCUCCUGUUGAAAAUGAAAAAGAUGGCAGAGAAACAACUAGGAGUACCUAUCGAUAAAGCGGUUAUAUCAGUGCCAGCAGAGUUUGAUGAGAGGCAAAGAAACUACACCGUUAGAGCAGCUAACCUAGCUGGGCUGGACAUCCUGCGGGUGAUAAAUGAGCCCACGGCGGCAGCGAUGGCUUAUGGACUGCAUAAAGCAGAAGUCUUUAAUGUGCUGGUGGUGGAUCUGGGAGGAGGAACACUAGAUGUGUCACUUCUUAAUAAGCAAGGUGGCAUGUUCCUUACCAGAGCAAUGGCAGGUAAUAAUAAGCUUGGAGGGCAGGACUUCACCCAGCGUUUGCUGCAGUACAGCAUCGAGCGAGUGCGGCAGCAGUAUGGCGUGCCUCCUACUCUUAAAGAAGACAUCCACCUCCUCCGACAGGCCGUGGAGGCCGCCAAGCUCAACCUCACCCAGGAGCCUCACGUCCACCUCCGUGUUCCUCUUCACCUGCUGACAACGGGAGCGAACGGAGGGCAGGAGGAAAAAGUCCUGUUUCAGGAGAAGCUUUCACGGGAACUCUUUGAGGAGCUGAAUGCAGAUCUGUUCCAGAAGAUUCUGGCACCCAUUAAGACUGUCCUCAUUGAGGGUCAUUUAGAGAAAGAGGAAGUGGAUGAGAUCGUCCUGGUGGGAGGGUCUACGAGGAUCCCCCGCAUUAGACAGCUCAUUAGUCAGUACUUUGGAAAGGAACCAAACACCUCAGUGGACCCUGACCUGGCUGUGGUGACCGGGGUGGCCAUUCAAGCAGGCAUCAUGGGCGGCUCUUGGCCUCUUCAGGUCAGCGCAAUUGAGAUUCCCAACAGGCACCUUCGUAAGACCAACUUCAGCUGAUUGGUUGAGAGACUUAAACUGCUACUUUGUCACAUGACUGCUAUGUGCCAACAAACCAAAAACUGGUUAAACGAUGUGUGUGUUACAUGUUUUUGCGUCCUUAAACACAUUCGCUUUGCAAUGAACUCCUGAUUGGGCCAAACACAAUGGUUACUGGAGCAUCUGGACUUGUGGGCCCUAAUUAAAGUUUAUACAUUUA